UUGAUUACGUGCGAGGGGGGUGGCAUUCCGUUAGUUGGAACAACCUGCCUCGCCAUUGAAUAUCCACACACACCAGGGAUAUGCGACGUUUUUAUUUUUUAUAAUUUCACUGGUGGUUUGUUCUUUUUCUUUUCUUUUUUCUUCUUUUCGGUGGAUAUGGUCGAGCAAGGGUAGAAAUCGCUCCCUCUUUUUCAGUUACGGUUUGUACUUGCUAGUGAGCGGUGGAUGAAUUGAUGCCCGGUGGUUUAAUGAUUUUUGAUUCGGUUCUCCCUUGUUACGUCCUGUGAUUCGGACUUUGUUUUAUUUGUGUGUUCGGAACAUUACUUGAUCUCAGCCAAUCUGGAAUAUCAAACUUGUGUGACCAUGCCUGCUGAAAGGCCCGUAUCAAAAGCCAGUGAAAAUAGAAGGGCUACAAAACCUAUCAUGGAGAAGAGGCGCCGGGCUAGGAUCAACCAGUGUCUCUCAGAGCUUAAGACUUUGAUCCUGGAUGCUUUAAACAAAGAUCCUUCCCGCCACUCCAAAUUGGAGAAAGCAGACAUAUUAGAAAUGACCGUCCGACAUCUUCAAAAUAUACAGAGACAACAAAUGGCAGCUGCAAUAUCCACGGAUUCCUCUGUUCUCAAUAAGUUCAAAGCAGGCUUCAAUGAAUGUGCUACAGAAGUAUCACGCUAUGUAAGCAGAAUAGAAGGAGUAGAUCCUGCCCUUCGGCAACGCUUGCUGUCCCACCUUUCCAAUUGCCUAACUACCAUGAACACGGCUUCCCAAUUCCAGCAGCAGCAAACUUCCAACAUCAGUUUUGGCGGCUCCUUCCCAAGCAUGUUGCAGUCCCUGAGUGUACAGAUCCCGGCAGGCAUCUCAACUGUUGGCAUUGUACCAGCUGGAAGGAACUCAUCCGGGGACUUGAACAUCGGAAUUGUACCAUCAAGCAGAAAUUCUACCGGUGACAUAAACAACAACAGCACGUCUUCAAAUGGCAAACAGCUUUUUGCUGGACUAUCAGUUAUACCAAGUCGAUUACCAAAUGGUGACUUUGCAUUUCUGCUGCCUAGUCAGGCCUUAACGGGAUCAGGGUCAAUGGCUUUCCAUCUUCCGUCAGUCAGUGCGUCCUCCAGUUUGCCGUCCUCUUCUGGACCAGACCGAUCGGUCAGUCAGUCUUCCUGGCCUCCUGUUUCCCCGUCCUCUUCAAAAAGAUCUGCCAGUCCUGAUGCUAUGUCGGAGGACAAUGUUGUCCUUAGUCCUACAUGUAGCGAUGCAGGUUCAGACGUUUUCCUCGAGCCAUACCACCACCAGAAGCAUCAGCAAUCUAUAAAACCUAUGAUCUCUCCUCCUCUUCAUCAGUCAUCCUUCAACAAAGAAAGACCUCUGCAGCCUGUUCCCCGACACCAUCAUGUAGUAUCCGAUUCCGAGAACGUUUGGAGGCCAUGGUAAUUAAUGGACAAUGAACUACCUUUACCUUACUGAAAUCUUCCAUUUAUGAUUUUUAGAUGAUCAUACAAGCUUAAGAUUUUAACAGUUUGUUGUGUAAUGAAAUGGCUGUAAGAUCAACAUUUUUUUUUAUGCAUUGCUUCUUGAUUUGUAGAGAUGA